GAAGCAAAAUGAAAUUUCUUUAAAACUUCAACAAAAGCAACCGAAAAAAAAAAAGAAGUGUCUAAAGUAGUUAUUUCUAGAUUUCCACACAAACUCUUUUUCUUCUAUUUUUCAGUAUAAUAUUUGGUCUGUUCAACAUUCAUGUAGCUAGGUUCUUUCCAAAAACUUCCCCAAAGCUAAAGAUCCAAGAUAAGGGGAUUAGUUUUUCUUCACUAAUUAAGACACAAAGAACUUAACCUCAGCGUGUGGAACGGACUCAAGUCGACCAUCAUUUUACCUUAAAAAAAAUUACAUAUAUGGGACCUAAUUACAAAGACUUCCAAGUUCAAAGUCUAUAUAGCAUGAAUAAUAUGGGAACCAGUAGAAAAUUUGUGUAUAAAUUAGAGCCUUUAACACCCAUUAGUUAAAGGGAAAAAAAAGAAAAAAGAAAGGCAAUGGGACCUUUAGAGAAACUAUUCAGCCUUUUUUCCUUAGUCCUGUUUGUUGCACUCUUUUCUUCAACCAUUGAUGUUGCUUCUGCUUCUGCUGAAGAAGCUAAUGUCAGUCCCUGCAAUUGGUUUGGAGUUUCUUUCAACCUUGAUGGAAGCGUCAUUAGAUUGAACCUCACAAGUUCAAGUGUAAAUGGUACGUCCAACAACUUUUCAUUUUCAUUGUUUCCCAAUCUUACAUAUAUUGAGCUUAGCAUCAAUAAAUUCUUUGGUGUUCUCCAAACUCAUCUAUCUUGAUUUGUCCAACCAAUUCUCAGGAAACAUCCCCCCAGAAAUCUGCCUGCUAACAAAUCUUGAAACUCUCCACUUGUUCGAUAAUCAGUUGAACGGCUCAAUUCCUCAAAAGAUAGGCCAGUUAAAGUCUCUAAUUGAGCUUGUUUUGUACACCAACAGUCUUUCAGGUCCCAUUCCUACUUCUUUAGCCAAUUUGAGAAACUUGACUCGUCUAUAUCUCUAUAGAAAUAAUCUUUCUGGUUCCAUUCCUCCCGAAAUGGGAGACCUAGUCAAUCUUGUUGAGCUCUACACGAAUGGCAACAAUCUCACAGGUCUUAUUCCUUCCACAUUGGGAAACUUGAAUAACCUAACUGUGUUGCACUUGUUCAACAAUUCCCUAUCUGGUUCCAUGCCCCAAGAGAUAGGACAGUUGAAAUCGCUCCAGAGCCUAACCUUUCAAACCAACAAUCUUACUGGCUCAAUCCCAACAUCUUUAGGUGAUUUGAGCUCCCUAGCUCGACUAUACCUCUAGAAUAAUCAACUCUUUGGUCCAAUUCCUAAAGAAUUGCGGAACUUGAAGUCCCUCAUUUAUCUGGAAUUGAGUUCAAAUCAAUUUAGUGGUCCCAUUCCAGUUUCCUUAAGUGAUUUGACCAAUUUAGAAAUUCUAAACCUCCAUUCCAACCGACUAUCCAACCGCAUUCCAUAGGAAUUUGGCAAUUUGAAAAGAUUGGUUGAGCUGGUAAUGGAUGAAAAUCAAUUUUCUGGCAAUCUCCUAGAGCUUUGCCAAGGUGGUAAACUUCAUUACUUCACAAUGCACCACAAUCAGCUCACAAGCACAAUCCCUAAAAGUCUGAGAAACUGCUCAAGCUUAGUCACAGCUCGCUUUGAGGGAAACCAACUUAUUGGAAAUAUAUUUGAAGAUUUUGGCACUAAUCCAAACCUGGUCUACCUAGAUCUCAGUAACAAUAAUUUUUAUGGUGAAUUCUCAGAAAAUUGGGGAAUAUUCCCAAAUUUGACACUCAUAACAAUAGCAAGAAAUAACAUCACUGUUGGCAUUCCACUAGGGUUUGAAAAGUUAACAUGGCUACAACAACUUGAUUUAUUUUCAAAUCAUUUCGUUGGGUAGAUCCCAAAGGAAUUUGGAAAGUUGACAUCUUUGGAGUGGCUAAUUUUGGCUUAAAAUCAGCUUUCGGGUUGGAUACCUCAAGAACUCAAAUCACUAAGUAAGUUGUCAAACCUUGAUCUAUCCACAAACAAAUUUAGUGGGCCAAUACUAGGUAUUUUGGAGAACUACUUUGUUUUACUUGAAUCUGAGCAACAACAUGUUCAACCAAAAAAUUCCAUUACAGAUUGGUAAGUUAUUUCAACUGACCGAGAUGGAUCGAAGUAGUAACAUUCUCAUAGAGGAAAUGCCAUCGGAAAUCACAAAUUUCCAGAGCUUGGAGAAGUUGAACCACUCCUACAAUAUUCCAAAGAGUUCUGAAGAUAUGCGUGGCUAGGCGUAUGUUGGUAUAUCAUACAAUGAGUUGCAAGGUUCUAUUCUCAUGAGCAACACUUUCAUGAAUGCAUUAAUAGAAGCACUGCAAGGGAACAAAUGUGUGGAAAUGUCACAGGUUUGUAGCCUUGCAAAAUUCCUUCUGCAUUGGAUACACACUCUAGACAAAAGGGCACUUGUUCUUAUAAUUGUGCUCCCUCUUGGUGUAGCGCUCUUACUUCUAGGUGCAUUCAUCGGACUUCUCGCCGUCUUCUAUCCAAGAAAGAGAAAGUCACAAGUUAAAGAGGGUGACACCCAACCCUUGAGUGAAGAUUUGUUAUCGAUAUCAAUAUUCAAUGGAAGAGCAAUACCAAGAAUUUCAAUGCUAAAUAUUGCAUUGGAAAAGGAGGAUAUGGAACUGUCUAUAAAGCGAAGUUACCGUCGGCUAGCUGUGAAGAAACUUCAUCUGUUAUCCGAGAGGGCUGAUUGGAAAGAUUUCUUGAAUGAGGUAAGAGCAUUGAUAGAAAUUAAGCAUCGAAACAUAGUGAAGCUUUUUGGGUUUUGUUCGCAUGUUCGACACUCUUUUCUAGUUUAUAAGUACCUCGAAAGAGGUAGUUUGGCUGCAAUUUUCAACAAAGAUGAUGAAGCUAAAGAAUUGGAUUGGCCUAAGAGGGUGAAUAUUAUUAAGGGUGUAGCAAGCGCUUUGUCAUACAUGCACCAUGAUUGCACACUGGCCAUUGUUCGCCGAGACAUUUCUAGCAACAAUGUCUUGAUUGAUGAGGAGUACGAGGCUCGUGUUUCAGACUUUGGCACUUUCAAGCUUUUGAAGCUAGAUUCCUCUAACUGGAGUGCAUUUGCAAGCACAUACAGAUAUGUUGCACAAGGUAAACAUAGUUUUAAGAUCUCCUAA